UCGCGUGCCGACUCCACGAACGGGCGUGUCGCGCGUCCCCUAAAAUUAAUAUCUACGACCACCGAGGCAAACAGGAUACUCCGCCUUCGGAAUAGUGAUGAGAACAAACAAUAGUUACGUUCUCACAAAAAAGGACAACUAAAUAGUGCCGUCUAUAACCUACUAAUUGUUGUGAAUUUACUAACCUUGAAAAUCGACUAAAAAUGGUUUAGUCACAGUUUUUUGUGUUUAUAAACCGAACGACAUUAAUCGAGAUAAGUGAAUUGAUUGAAAUAGAGAUGGGAUUCGUGUAAUCGAUUGGACUAUUCAGUUUAAAAGUGUGGGAAGUGCGAGUUAAAAAUGACGAUGUUGGCGGUGAAGAAUUUUUUCAUGCCUGAAAAGAGAGUGGACUCUCCAAGGUUUUCGAGGAUGCCCGAGGCAUUAAUGAGGUCUAUCAGACGACGCUCUUUGAGGGUGAAGAGGACAAAGUCGUUGGUACUGGUCAAUGAAAAAAGGAAAUCCGAUUCAUUCGUAAAUAGUCAAGAAUGGACCGCGUCACGAGGUGUAACAGAACUUCGCGUUGGAGUUUUGGGUUCACCGGACAGUGGGAAAUCGGCUCUAGUCCAUCGGUACUUAACUGGGGCGUAUAUGCAAGAAGAAAGUCCAGAAGGUGGUCGCUUCAAGAAGGAAGUUAUAAUCGACGGCCACAGCUAUCUACUGCUAAUACGAGAUGAAGGUGGAUCUCCAGAAAUGCAGUUUACGGCUUGGGUGGAUGCCGUAAUUUUCGUGUUCAGCCUGGACAACGAGAUCAGUUAUAAUACGGUGUCGAACUACUUCAAUAAAAUGUCCCAUUAUAGAAAUUCCGCAGAGAUUCCGAUCAUAUUGGUCGGAACCCAAGAUGCCAUAAGUGAAAGUAGUCCACGCGUGGUAGACGACAACCGCGCUCGCAAGCUAUCGAAUGAACUGCGAAGAUGUUCUUACUACGAGACUUGUGCUACGUACGGCCUGAACGUGGAACGAGUCUUCCAAGACGCGUGUCAGAAGAUUGUGGGCACUAGGUUGUCGGCUUCCUCGCAAUGCUUGUCCGGGGGUUCCAGGCCUGUGACUCCACAGCCGUUAGUGAAUUCGCCAAGCCACAACCACUCAACAUUCCUUUACAAGGACUCUUUACCCCGCGGCCAUCACACUCUAUCAGCCUCAUCCCACCACUUACAUCGAGGCGCCCAAUCCUUCGAUGCAUCCUCAAAUAGCAGCGGAAUCUCCUCAACGCACGUCGUAGAAAUACACAGCACGAAUGGCUCAGACACGUCCUCCCGGUGGGGCAACUCCCUCGGCAGCCACGGGUCUUCUUCAGGCCUCGUUUCUAUAGCAACGGAGAAUAACAACGUCAAGUUCACAGCUCCUCACUGUUUAGAUAACCUACAGCCCCCGAAAGAGUCCAAGGAUUUGCCGACUCCUUCAUCAACGCCAACGACGUCAAGAAAGUCUCGAAGGAGAUCGAAUCUCUUUACCCCCUCCAAAAAGGGGGAUGAUCGGUUGAAGAAUGGGGAGUUGGGGUCUGGUAGAGCGAUUCCUUUGAAGCAGGGGUACUUGUACAAGAAGAGUAGUAAAGCUCUGAACAAGGAGUGGAAGAAGAAGUAUGUGACGUUGUGCGAUGAUGGCAGGUUGACUUAUCAUCCCAGUUUACAUGACUACAUGGAGGAUGUGAACGGCAAAGAGAUCUCACUUCAGUACGUGACGGUGAAGGUCCCGGGACAGAAGCCCAGGGGUUCCAAGUCUAUCAUCACGACGGUACCCGGGUAUAAUGGGUACAGCAGUCUCGAUAUACACGAUAGCAUUGGUGGACUGUCUAUUGGUUAUAAAGACAAGCCAACCCGUGCCACAGACAAAGCAUUAAUGUCAGCGUUUGACACAAUGAAGGAGCCCGCCACCAGCCGUCAAUCCCUCGCCUCAGAGCCCGAACUCGGAUCCACUAACGGACAGGACAAGGAUACGCCGCAUGUUAAGAAACGACAUCGACGCAUGAAGAGUAGUGGCGUUAAGAAGGAUGGGGAUGAAGACGGUGAAUACGCGACCUCCUGCGAGUUCACGAUAGUAAGCCUGGACGGCAAGCGCUGGCGCUGGGAGGUGUGCGGCGCGGCGGGCGGCGCCGGGGCUGCGGGCGCGGCGGCUGCCGAGCGCGACGCAUGGGUGGCGGCCGUCGAGGCGCAGAUACUGGCGGCGCUGCAGGGACGGACGUCCCGCCAGCCCAUGCCGACUGGUGCCAACUCGACAGGCGACGUCCGCGCCACGCAGUACAUCCGCAGGGUACACGGCAACGACAAGUGCUGUGACUGUGGCGCUGCAGAUCCAGACUGGGCGAGCUUGAACCUAGGCAUAUUGAUCUGCAUCGAGUGUUCGGGCAUACACAGGAACCUCGGCUCGCACAUAUCGCGGGUACGAUCGCUGGAUCUCGACGAGUGGCCAUUGAGCCACGUGAGUGUCAUGGUGUCAUUAGGCAAUGAGCUCGCGAAUUCAAUAUGGGAGGCUGAUCUCAGGGGACACGUCAAACCCAUGGCCACGUCUAGUCGAGAGGAGAAAGAGAGGUGGAUCCGCUUGAAGUACGAGCGUCGCGCGUUCCUGAGCAGCGAGCCCGUCGCCACCGGCACCGAGGCGCUGCGCACGUGCGGCGCGCGCGGCGGCGUGGCCGCCCUCGCCCGCGCGCUGUCCGCGCCCGCGCGCGCCGCGCCCGCGCCGCACGACCGCGCGCUCGCGCUGCGCGCCGCCGCCGCCGCCGGGCACCUCGCCGCCGCGCAGCUGCUCAUAUGGCACAACGGCAACCCGAACUACCCGGACGCGGACGGACACACAUGCGUGUUCUACGCCCGCGCCGCCGCCAACCACCUGUCCGGCAUCCCCACGCAGUACCCGAAGAACCUGCAGCUGACCUGCCCCCUGCACCCCGCGCCCCCGCACUCCUCCGCCCCCAGCUCCAACACCAACUCCACCAGCUCCAACUCCAGCACCAAGAGCUCGCUCAAGAACCCCGAGCCUGAGUGCAACUGCAUCAUCUUCGAACUCCUCAACGCUCAGAGCGCAAGUAAGGCCCUCGUCGAACUCCUCAUCGGGCUACAGAACAACCAGUACAUGAAUGGCUUCGAUCACAACGGUGCUAGCUUCGCACACAGUACACUGGGCCGACCAUCGCUAGGCCCCAAUCUCUCAUUAACGAACGGAAAAUGCGGCAGCGUAGUAUAAAAACUGUUUUCUUAUCUAAUUGUCGAUUUUGAAUUAAUGUUGAUAUUUGUGACUGAACGUUGUUACCGUUAAUGGUAUAUUUAUACUUAAUUCAAUCACGUGCCGCAGUUUGGUAAUGCGUGAAACAGUUACGUUAGAAUAUUCUAAAAUUAUUUGUUGAUUAUUCAGUUGAGUUAUGCAAUAAAUAUGUUCAAAUAUUUAUUUUGUGAUAUGCCUUUUUAUUUCCAAAUUUGUUUUAUUACAAUUUUGAUAAAUAUGAGAGAGAUAAAGUUUUUGAAUAGCCAUGAAAGAGGCAUUUAAGUUUUCGUAGUUUUAAACACAAUUCUAAGUAUAUAAAUUAAUGUGUAUUUACGAAACUGCGGAACAAAUAUUUUGUAUAAUACAUGUAGUGUAUUAAUAUGUAAAACGUAUACAUAUUACGCACGACUGACGGUACAUUUGACGUAAUCUCUGAUUCUUACAUGAAAAAAAAAAAAACAGAUUUCGCGAAAUUUGUUAAAAUUCCGUGUCUGUCAAUUUAAAAAAGUUAAUUAAAUUAGACAAAUUGUUAGCGUAAUUGAAAUUGAAUUAUGUAAUUUUUGAAGUGUCAUGCUUAGUUAUUUUCACUAGGCAGAGAUACUUGUGGUUUGAGACACUUAUUAGGAUAAGAAAAAAAUAAGCAGCUCUCAUGUGGAUUCACCGAAUAAAUAUAAUUUAAAAAAAUACUACAGGUAUUCAAAAAUAUAUGAUAUCUUAUUACAGUGAUAAAUUAAAUAUAUAUACAACUUAUAUUUUUCCUAAUAAGUGUCUCAAGUCAAAUCCGAUAUUUUUUUCAUUACGUAUUACAUAUCCGGUGUUGAUAGUUCAAAUUUUUAAUACAAUUUUUUUCUAGUGGCGUAGUGUAGGUACCAAUUGCAUUUUAGGACCCAUCAUUUUAAAUAAAUAAAAAAAAAUACUUACAAUAAUUAUAUUUUCCCCCCAUAAUUUUUCACAUAGUUAAUAUUUCAAGUGUACUGCAAAGCUGUCUAUAUACAAAUAUUAAUCUGUAUGUGUUUAUUUUCUUAAUGUCUAUAGUUACAAUAGAUUUAACCGUUACGGUGUUAAACCGAUAGUGUGCUACCGAAGUUAUAUAAUAGCGAAUUAUACUAACAGGCAUACGUAAUUAUAUCUAGAACAACUAGUCGUAUGAUACGGAGUUAGUACCAGUUAAGUACCGACAGACUAAAAUUAUACGGAUUUUGUUACAUUCUCACCACGGACUUUGCUCGUGCCGGAUCUACGGAUCUUGCUCGCGCCGGAUUUACGAAUUUUAUUGUUGGGAUUCUAUCAAAAUUCGUGUAGUGGAUGUUUUAAUAUAGAUUUACAAGCAGUUCAUUUUGUAAGGUGACUGGGUGAGGUUAAUAUAACAACAUGGGAGUAGAAAAUUUAAUUUUACUAAUUACUCGAUUUUACAAACAACUUCUUUCUUUUUGGGAAGUCGAUUAAAUAUUGCCAGUUACCUUAUCACUCAUGCAGAGAGGCAGCAAAAAUGAAUCGAUCUCACAGAUAAUAUUUCGUACGUGGAUCGAAAUAGCAUUUUUUAAAAUUAAUUACAAUAUCUGGUAUAUUAUUUACUUUAAAAGUUAUAUCAACCUCACCAGUUACGUUAACACCAAGGUACUUAUAACCAAGUUUCCAUGAAGAGUCACAGUUUAGCAUAGAUGUUAUACUAAUCGUUUAGAAGCGAGAUCUCAGCUCAAUGCUAUUUGUAGGGUAUAGGAUAAAUUUAGUCGUAACUUCUCAUGCUUUACCCUAGAGCCUAUGGGUGCGUCCGUGGUUUUUUAACGAGAAUUCAUUUUAUUUACUUUUUUCUACGAAAUUUCUAGGCAUAACAUACAAAAAAUAGUUUUACUUUCUAAACUAUAAAGUUUUUUUCAAUAUUAAUGUCAUUUUAAGACAUAUUUUGGAGUUUCUUAAUGUUAAAGAACCAUGGACAAUUUAACAUUCCAAUUUGUAAAUUAUUGAGCACCCUAAGGCUAAAUAGUCGAUGUGAUAAACUCUAGGUCUCCCUUAAUAAACCAAAAUGUACUGACCCUUCUGUGCCUAUUUUUAGGUAGUACGCUUCUCGACCAUAGUCUGAGAGCUCUAAGCUUUUAAACCACGUAUGCAUCACAAAGCUCUCAGACUAUCGUUCUAUUUCCAAUUUGUAAAGUACUUCAUUGUAUCGCGUUAUUAGAAUAGUGGACGCACUCAGAGACAUUUAAUGGUUACUUAGGCCGUUUCUUCGUGCAGAAUCUGUCACUAAGGAGUGACUUAAGUAAUCAUUAAAUGUCUCUGAGUGCGGGGGUAAAUCCUUUUCAAUGUUUGCUUUCGGUUUUUGAUUAUAUUUUGUAAUUUGUUGGAGUUAUUUUUCGACAAGUUUGAUUGACGUUACGAAUUAUUAUGGACUGUAAUUAAACGUCAUUUAGAAUCAAAUUUGCUGGACACAAGAAUUUUGAUGAAGGGAAGAAAUGUAUUUCUGUAUUCAUUCGUGAGGCCAGUCUAACUCGGGCAUAAAUUAGGAGAGUUUAUCAAAGGAAAUAAUAUUUUGUGUUCGCAAUUUGUGGUACAGCCAACAGGACUUGGCCUGUAAAGAUUUUGAACGUCAUGUAAGCUAACAAAAAAUAUUUAUUGAUUUAUUUUUGUCUGCCAAUUCUGUCUACCUGAAUAUUUUUGCUAAUCGGCUGUGAAUAAGCCUUUAAGCUAUACCACCGCUGUUUGUACUAAAGAUUUUAUUUUCAAAUUGUUUUUGAAACCAACUUUUUCAACAAAAGCCAAGAAUUAGAUUGUAUAUUUUGAACAGUGAUCGAAAUUACUUGGCUAACUCUAAGAGGGCUUUGUACAAUUAAAUCUAAAAUUUAAUAUUACUUAUCUAUUCGUUUACUUAAAACGUUACAUGUCUUGUAAAUGUUACUUAUUAUAGAAAAUUAAUUCAUUUUAUUUUACAUUUACGAAAAGUAAUGAAAAAUUAAGUUCUAUUUGUACAUUUAGCAAUUAAAAUCGUUUACCGACGCAGUAUUCGACACAUUUGUAAAAAAAUCACAUUAGAAUUUCUGGCACUCUGUAUAGUGUAUUUUAACUUUAAUUUAUUUAAGUCCUCUGUUGAAAUUUUAUUAAUAAUUUUAAAUUAUGUUAUGUUGCGUUACUUGAUUCGCAAGUUUAUUAAGAUUUUUUAAAGUUUUUUUUGUAAAUUCUUUUUAGAAGCCAAAGAGCUUAAUUGUAAAUAUAUCGUAUUAUGCAGCUAUGCGUUUGUUAGCUGUGGACAAUUCUUUCGUUAUUGUAAUUUUUAAGAGAUCCGUUAACGUUUUUUCUUGUGAGAAUAAAAUGAUAAGGACGUAA